UGUGUGGAGCCGGUGAAUGGACUGAACGCUUGGCUGACUGACUGACAGACGGGCGAAGAGAAAGGCAGCUGUGUUUCAAUUAAAGAGAGCAAUGCUGAGAGGUCAAGUGAGGAGCAACAGAGCCUCUGAGUAGUCUGGAAAUACAAAGACACGUGAGCGGGAUCGAGACGCUGGAGGUACGCUGUGACCGAGAGAGGAGGAUGGUUCACCACAGAGAGGAGGACCUGAUCGGGAUCCCCUUCCCGAACCACAGCAGCGACGUCCUGUGCAGCCUGAACGAGCAGCGCCGCGACGGCCUGCUCUGCGACGUCAUCCUCAUCGUCCGCGACCAGGAGUACCGCACCCACCGCUCCGUCCUCGCUGCCUGCAGUCAGUACUUCAAGAAGCUCUUCACCGUGGCCACCGCCGACGGCGGGGAUCCUCAUCACGCCGCCGCCGUGUACGAAAUUGACUUUGUGGCUCCGGAGUCUCUGACGGCCAUCUUGGAGUUCGCCUACACUUCUACCCUGACGGUGACGGCGUCCAACGUCAAGGAGAUCCUCAACGCGGCGCAGAUGCUGGAGAUUCCCUGCAUCAUCAACGUUUGCCUGGAGAUCAUGGACAGCGGCGGUGGCGGAGGCGGCGCGGACGGAGGAGGGCGAGAGGAGGAAGGAGAGGAGGACGAAGAGGAGGAGGAGGAGGACGAGGAGGAGGAGGAGGAGGACGAGGAGGAGGAGGCGGGUUCGAGAAAGGACGAGCAGGAGGAAGAGGAGGACAACGUCAGCGAGAGGUCGCUGCAGUCGCUGGAGAGCAGGGGGGAGCAGACGCCCCCAGGGACGGGGGAUUCGCCCCCUCCCAGCACCUCCGCCUACCGCCAGCAGUUCGACCUGCACAGAGAGUCGUCCCAGUCUCAGUCUCCAGACGCCACGAGGGCCAAACAGGAGAGUAUUGAGGGUCGCGCUCUGAAGGACUUCUCCAUUGAAUCUCUUCUCCAAGAAGGGCUGUACCCCCGCAUGUCAACACUGGACAGGAGGGCCAGCUUCUCGCCUCUCCUCCCGGGAUUCUACCCCUCCGUGUGGGCCGCAGACUUCCCGGCGUUCCCUCCGCAGCUCCACCACCAGCAUCCCCACACCGGAGCCCCGUCGCAGGCCAGGCGCCAGCACCCGUUCCCGACCUCGGCACCGCUCGAGGCCCCCAGGCCCCUCGACCUCGCCGUGAAGCGAGAGAUCAUAAAGGAGGAGAUGAAAGAGGAAGUCCCGCCCAGCCUGCUGCAAGGUGACUUCCUGAAAGAGUUCGUCGGCUCGGGCAUGGGCGGCGCGGUGAACGCCGGGUCGCUGCCCUCAGAGGGUCACUCACUGGGCCCCAUUAAAGACGAGGUGGACUUCCGGUCGUACUUGAGCUUCUUGAGCUCUGCGUCCCACCUGAGCGCGCUAUUCCCUCCCUGGCAGCUGGAGGAGGAGAGGAAGAUGAAACCCAAGGCGUCGCAGCAGUGUCCCAUCUGCAACAAAGUCAUCCAGGGAGCCGGGAAGCUGCCGCGACACAUGAGGACACAUACGGGAGAGAAACCAUACAUGUGCACCAUCUGUGAAGUACGAUUCACCAGACAAGACAAACUCAAAAUCCACAUGCGGAAGCACACGGGCGAGCGUCCCUACAUCUGCCUCCACUGCAACUCCAAGUUUGUCCACAACUACGACCUGAAGAACCACCUGCGCAUUCACACGGGGGUCCGGCCCUACCAGUGCGAGCACUGCUACAAGAGCUUCACGCGCUCCGACCACCUGCACCGGCACAUCAAGAGGCAGAGCUGCCGCAUCUCCCGCCCCCGGCGAGGACGGAAGCCGGCCGCCUGGCGGUCCGCGCCCACCAGCAACUUCCUGUGCCCCCCCGCCGCCACGCCCAACCGGUUCGAGGAGAACGGGCUGAGCCCCGCGUACCAGGGGGUCAAGGGUCACGGACUUGGGGAGCUGCUCGGCCUCGGGAACAGGGGUCUGGGGUUCAAGAGCGCGGACAGGGAGAGCCGGGAGGAACGGCGAGCAGAGGGCAGGCACGUCGCGGAGGAGGAGAAGGCGGGGGCGGGGAGGCAGAGGGGAGUGUUUGCCUUCGCCCUGGCUGGAGAAGAAGUGCUAACCCAUUCUCCAUUUUAUGCUGCCACCUCUGACCCCUGGACCAUGAGACUGGAGCGUGCUCCACCCAUCCCUGAGCCGGCCAAAUGAACUGAGAAAAGAAAAAGAAAAAAACUGACUAAAAAAAAAUCUCCUUAAUCUUUGCAUCUUUUCUGCUCCAGGAAGCGAAAUGCACCUUGUUGAGAGGAAUAAGAGAGACAUCAACAAACAUUUUCAAGCCUGCUGAUGUGGCAGUGGUAAAACAGUCUUUCUCAGACAAUGCAGUCUAAUUACAUAAUUGUGUCAGCCCUGUGAAUGUUUACAAUUAGUUUUAUUGCAUUUAAGAAAAACGGAACUAUCCAGUACUGCUUAUAAGGUUGCAACUGUUCUCUACACACUACACUCAACAUAUUUUGGGUGUCUUGUUAGCAUAUUUAUCUACAGCGCCGACAAAAUGGCACCGACUCAAAAUAUGGUUAAAAUUCCAACGUAACAGAGAUGAAACUGAAGCAUCGAUUUGCAAGAAAAUCUAAAUCUCUCAAUGCUUCAUCAGUAAGAUUCUGAAAAUUCAAAUGAGCGACUUUAAUUGCAUAUAUAAAAUAUUGACUACGCAGCAAAUAAGAAGCACUGUAGAAUGUACUUUUUACAAUGAAAAAAGGUGAACUUACAAUUGAAACCAACCGACUACCCAAAAAAAAGUUGUGCUAAGAUAUUUUGUGUCCAAUUGUCUUAAAAAUGAGCAGUGCGCUGGUGAAAGAAGCAUUUUAAAAUGGUUCGAUCGUUUGCUUUUUCUUCAAUAUUUUCUCAAAGUAAGGUAUUCCACUUGAAGUUUAAACCAGGAUAUGCACUCCUGUGUGUUAUCCUUUCACUGCCUUGUUCUGGUAUGAGCUCCUUGUCUGCACUAUUGUACAUAAACACAAACUUUUUGGCCAUGGUGGUGUUAAUUAUGGUGUUUUGCUGAUGAUGA